GCCCUCACGUGAGCAGGAGCCGACGUGUGCAGACGUCUUCGUUUGGUCCGGUUGCCAUCUCCCUAUUGCCUUGAGGGCGGGAGGGCCAGCGGCCAGGGAAAGAGGAGGAGGUCUUUCAGUAGGGCGCUGUACCGCUCGGAGCAAAGGAAUAAAGAAACUGCCCCGAAACCCUGCAGCCAGGACCUUGAAUUUGGAAAAACUGGUAUUGAGACUCUCCGAAGUGCUGUUCUGUCUGCCCAGCCAUCUGUCCGCCUUUGGCCUGUGUCUGUGGAUCUUGCGCCUGGAGGCCGUUUCACCCCUUGAGUCAGGAAGGAGAGGAAGAUUGUCCAGAAACCAGUUCCUUUGUAUGUGCAUCUGCAGCAGAGGCUGCCUGCUGUAGCUGAAGACUCCACCGCCGACGCUGGAGCGCACCACUGAGCCAGAGCAAGGCCACUCAGCCUGGGUUAAGAAUUUGGUUCAGACACCCACCCCAGCAUGGGCCGCACUAGGGAAGCUGGCUGUGUGGCUGCUGGUGUGGUAAUCGGGGCUGGUGCCUGCUACUGCGUGUACAGACUGGCCUGGGGAAGAGAUGAAAGUGAGAAAAUCUGGGAUGAGGAUGAUGACCAGGAUGAGGAGGAAUAUAGUGAUAUUGCAGAGGCCGGGGUCGAUACUGGGAAAGGAGCUAAGGCUAAUGUUGGGGCAGGUGCUGGAGCCAGACUUCAGGGUGACUCGGAGGUCAAGGCUGAAGUGGGCGUGGAACGCAAGACCGGUUCAGAUGUAAAGAUGGAGGCCCACUCCAGGGCCCAGAGUGGAGGUGGCCUAGAGGCCAAGGCUAAGGCCCUUUUCAGCACCCUGAAGGAACAGGCAAGUGCAAAGGCAGGCAGAGGAGCCAGGUUGGGUAUCAUCUCUGCCACCAGGAUCCUUGCACCAAGUUUACCCUGCCCAGGAGGCAGGGGUGGAGGCUGCCACCCCACCAGGAGUGGGGCUAGGGCUGGGAGCAGGGCAAGUGGAAAACCCAAGGGAAGGGCCCGAGGUAAGAGCACAAGGACUCCAGCUACAGCUUGGCCUGUUCGUAGGGGCAAGUUCAACUUUCCCUACAAAAUUGAUGAUAUUCUGGGUGCUACUGACCUUCAGAAGGUCCUUAACAUCCUGGAACGAUCAAAUGAUCCUUUUAUUCAAGAAAUAGCCUUGGUCACUCUGGGUAACAAUGCAGCAUAUUCAUUUAACCAAAAUGCCAUUCGUGAAUUGGGUGGUCUCCCAAUUAUUGCAAAAAUGAUUAAAACGAAAGAUCCCAUUAUUAGGGAAAAGGCUUACAAUGCUCUCAAUAACUUGAGUGUAAAUGCUGAAAAUCAGGGCAAGAUUAAGACGUAUAUCAGUCAAGUGUGUGAUGACACUAUGAUCUGUCGCCUGGACUCAGCUGUGCAGAUGGCUGGACUAAGACUGUUAACCAACAUGACUGUGACUAAUGAUUAUCAACAUUUGCUUUCCUAUUCUUUUCCAGAUUUUUUUGCUUUGUUAUUCCUGGGAAAUUACUUCACCAAGAUUCAGAUUAUGAAACUAAUUAUAAACUUUACUGAAAAUCCAGCCAUGACAAGAGAGCUGGUCAGUUGUAAAGUACCAUCAGAAUUGAUUUCCCUCUUUAAUAAAGAAUGGGACCGAGAUAUUCUUCUUAAUAUCCUCACCCUAUUUGAGAAUAUAAAUGACAACAUAAAAAAUGAAGGGCUUGCAUCUUCCAGGAAAGAAUUCAGCAGAAGUUCACUGUUUUUCUUAUUCAAAGAAUCUGGAGUGUGUGUUAAGAAAAUCAAAGCAUUAGCAAAUCACAAUGAUCUGGUGGUGAAAGUCAAAGUCCUAAAAGUAUUGACCAAACUCUAAACGGGGAUCUGUCCCAAACAAGUGUGUGGUAAUUAUUAGUUUGCACUUGGAAACAAUGCAUUUUGUAAAUUGCUUGUUUUUCACUGUGCUUUUACGGCAAAGAGAUCCUUUCAGCUGCUAUUUUGGAAUAAUGAGUAUCACAGGUCAUCAACAGUGAUGCUGGUUCUGACAGUUAGUUUUGGGCUGGAUUAUUUUAAGGAUGCCAAAUGAACUAGAGCUUGUACAAAGAAAACAUUUAUUGAUUCCAUCUUGCUACCUAUACUGAAGAUAUUUUUACUCUUCUACCUAAACUGAUACUAAACUAAUCAUAAGCUAUACUUUUGUAUUGGUUUACAGUUGUUAAUCUUAGACUUGUGUUUCAUCAAUAAAGUUGUGUGUUUUAACUAACAAAAAGAAA